AUGUCUCAUAGCAACGAAAUAGCUGCGCUCCUCAUGGAAGAAGAAGCUGACGAGGAAUACGCAAUGUUCUUAGGAAUGACCGCCGUUGAAGAGGAGCGGGUGGCUAACGAGAGGAAUGCAUCGCGUCAUCUUGGUUCCGUUCGAGGCCAUGUUGUCAUUCAACGCGAUAGAGUUCAAGGUCAUAAUAGACUUUAUCGUGACUAUUUCGCCGAGGAGCCCGUUUAUGGUCCACGAAUAUUUCGAAGGCGGUUUCGAAUGCAUCGUCCACUUUUCCUCCGAAUUGCAUCCGUGGUGGAAGAUUUUGAUCCUUACUUUGUCCAAAGAAGGAAUGCUGCAGGUAAUCUUGGUUUAUCAUCCCUUCAAAAAAUAACAGCCGCAAUGCGGAUGCUUGCUUAUGGAGUAUCUGUAGAUUUUGUGGAUGAUUACGUGCGGAUUGGUGAAAGCACGACUAUUGAAAGUGUUAAAAGGUUUGUCAAGGUCGUUGUUGAAAUUUUCGCCGAUGAGUAUUUGAGGUCACCAAACAAUGACGAUAUCAGAAGAUUGCUAGAGAUUGGUGAACAACGCGGAUUUCCUGGAAUGUUAGGGAGCAUAGACUGUAUGCAUUGGAGAUGGAAGAAUUGUCCGGCUGCGUGGCAUGGGAUGUAUGCUAGUCACGUCCAUGAGGCAACAAUUAUUUUGGAAGUCGUUGCUUCAUACAAUCUUUGGAUAUGGCAUGCAUUUUUUGGGUUACUAGGAUCUCAUAAUGAUAUUAACGUCUUGGAAAGGUCAAAUCUCUUUACCGAACUUACUGAAGGUCGUGCCCCUCCAGUUAAAUACUCUAUUAAUUCUCAUGAGUAUACGAUGGGAUAUUACCUUGCUGAUGGUAUAUACCCACAAUGGUCAACAUUUGUAAAAACAAUUUCUGCUCCACAAGGAAAUAAGAGGAAAAAUUUUGCACAAGCUCAAGAAUCAGCAAGAAAGGAUGUAGAGCGAGCAUUUGGGGUCCUCCAAGCACGCUUUGCAAUUGUGCGUGGACCAGCGCGAUUUUGGGAUCAAGAAGUACUAAAAGAUAUUAUGAAAGCAUGUAUCAUAAUGCAUAAUAUGAUCAUUGAAGACGAGCGAGAUAUUAAUCAAUGCGAUUUUAACUAUGAUGCAAUCGAUGAAAGUCCAACUAUAUCAUUGUCUCGUGAGCGCACACCACAACUUAUUGAAUUUAUUCAAGCCCACCAUCGCAUUAGAGACAGACAAACACAUUCUCAACUGCAGGCAGAUCUUAUUGAGCAUUUGUGGCAACGACAUGGUGGAGACUAG